AGUCAUACGACUCUCUCUCUCUCUCUCUCUCUCUUUAGUUCGAUCUAUUAUAAGACAAGAACACUAGGAUUUGAACACGUUAUCAGCACGAGACUCUAAACCCUACCUAAAAUCCGACGACCACAAAAACCCUAAUUUUGGCAGUAACUUCAAACCGCCAUAUCUCCCUAACCGUAAGGAUCCAGACGGCGAGUAAUAUAUCAAACUGAAGCUCUUGACGAGAAGAAACCAACGCCGCAGACCACGCAGCAAUCCGACUCCAGACGCGCCGUCACCUCCCAGUGCAAGCCGCGCCGUCAAAGAUCAUCCAAAACCCUAAUAGCCGCUAACUCCUUAUCUCUCUUAAUUUCGAUAUCUAUUGUUCUUAGAUCUCAUACUAAUCCAACUUUGAAACGUUCAUUGUUGAUUAUUCAAGGUUUCUAAAAGAGGAACCAAGGAAAAAAGAUCGGCAAAGAUUAAGAUGUCGAGACUCCAUCACUCGGAUUACCCAGCCCAUGAUCUCAAUGGAGACAAUUACCUUGAUUGGGCGAUGAACACUUCAGCCGAUUUAAAGUCUAAAGGACUUGGGAAGUGUAUCAAAUACGGCAAUGAUACCCUUGCAUAUGAAAGGCGUAGAGCUGUUUUGAUAAUGAGAAAGCAUCUCGUGAAGGAUCUGUAUGAUGAGUGCAACUACAUCAAUGAUCCUUACGUUCUCUGGUCGAGAUUGAACACCAUGUUCUUCGAGCCAUUACUAGAUGAGUCCAUGAAAGAAUGGAAGGCUCUGAGGUUCCAGGAUUAUGAAUCCGUGGAUGACUAUCACUUUGAUAUUAUGAGAAUCAACUAUAGUCUUAAACUAUGUGGUGAAGUGAUAACAAACUAUGACUUGUUAAGCAAGACUCGUGACACGAUCCAUUCAAAGGAAGUGUUGUUAUCACAGAAGGCUAAAGGUUUCACAACCUAUUACGACCUUCUCUCAUACCUUUCAGCUCUUGAGGAAAAGAAGCAGAAAAUGAAAGUCAACCUCUACAAACUCGACUAUGUUAUGGAGAUAAGUGCCGAGUAUCAAUGUGAGAUGAUAUACGGUGAUGCUGAAGAAGCUAAGAAAAGAAAAUUCGGGUGGACUCAUAUAGAUGAUGAGAUUGGUUUAUUCAUUGAAUAGAGAACCAAAUGUGAGCCACGUCCAAGAUGUUAUUAUGGACUGGCCGG